GUUCUUGUCAUAACAAUUUCUAGGGUUUUCGUUUGCCGGUCUUAGUGUUCGAGCAGUACGAAGAAUCAGAAUCACUUUCCUACGUUUUCUCUGCAGUUGAAGGAUCCGAGACAAUGUAUCUCCAGUUUUACAUAAAUGAGAACGGUGACAAGGUGUACACCACCAAGAAAGAAUCACCACUUGGAUUGGCUACACAAUCUGCUCAUCCAGCUCGCUUCUCUCCCGAUGACAAAUACGCGAGGCAGAGAGUACUUCUCAAGAAGCGUUUUGGAUUGCUGCCAACCCAAAAACCUCCCCUGAAGUAUUGAAAACAUUGCACCUGCUCUUCUGGGAGCAGCAUUAGAGUUCAGAUUUGAGAGCUUGCUUUAUGUCGCGCCGAAGGGAAAAUAGAAGAGUUCAUGUAGCCGUGCAAAUUGUGUACGAUGGUAGCCAACAAACAGUAAAUGUCCUGAUUCUGAAACUAAGCCAUAUGUGAGACACACUUAUGGUUGGAUACGUUGCAUAUUCUGUCAUUCGAUUCCUGCAAAUGGGUCUUUUGGCAUUCUCUCUCUCUCUCUUGUUUUUCUUUGUUUCUGUAAGAUAUAAAUCAUGCCUUCUUUCUCUUCUGUCACGCUAUUUAGAAUCGAAAAUGUUAUUUGGGCGUUGAGUUUUGA